GCCAAACACAAACAUAUUUUAAUACAAUAAAAUAGAAUAUAUGGAUCCACCUGAGGAGCAAUUUGCUACGUUAAGUCUAAAUGAGCGUGUGUUGGUUACGUCGAAUGCGUCGAAACUCGUAAAAGAACUUCCCGGUGGCUCAGCUAACGAAAUUAUAUCACAAAUAGACAACGGGGACAUUGCUGAAAUCGCUCCGAACAUGAUUUCCAUAGCCACUUGUACUAAAAGUUCUAAGAAAGUCGGGCCGACAGUACCAGCAAAACCCUUCAGAAAGAAGCAAGAUUCUCCUGAGAGCCUUACUGUGGAGAAUUACACUAAACAGAAUAUGUCAAGCACGAUACCGAUAUUACAGCGGAAGCAUCCGGUUAGCACUCUACAUAAAACUUCAACCAACAACGUGACAUUGGAUAACCCUGUUGUGCUCGAACAGCAGCUGGAAGCUUUGACCCAUCACAAACGACAACUGGAGAAAAAAGGUCUAUUUCUGCAACAACCAAGAAAAAAUGAAAUACCAUCAACAGAUGUAACAGGCUUUCCGAAACUAUUGGCGAAUUGUCAAGCAAAUGAUAACUACACAUCAGGUGUUAUUUAUUCAAAUGUGCGUUCAACACCGGACAAAUUAGAAUCAUCGGUUUCUUCAUUGACUCUCAAUCCUAUGAGCGAUAAUGCAAAAUACUCUGAUGAAGCUAAUUCGGAAAGAUAUAUUGCAAAACGUAUAACGGAUUCCAAAACUAUGCGCUAUAAUGACGAAAAUGCUGACAGAAAUCAACUAGAUAGUCCAAUUUUUCGGAAGCAGAAUGAAUUUUACUCAAACAUGGUGUUCGAGGAAAGUAAGCAAGAUUAUAUACCACCACUCUCAACGGAAUUGUCUAUUGACGCUAAUGAGGCUACUGAUGAGGAAACGCCACCACCUCCUAGUCCAGUCAGCUCAUCAUAUAGCGAACUACGAAGAGCGACGGAUGCAUUUAAAAAGCCAUACCACAACUGUUAUAUAAAAUCUCAUGAAACCAAUAUUAGGUCUAAAGAUAUUGGAGAAAACAAAGAUUUAAAUGGAUCUCAACCUCAAACGUAUAUAAAUAUGAGCUGCAGCAAUGAUUUCAACAGUUAUUGUUCAACAUUGCAGACCGCUAAUCCAGACAACAUAGACUUUUACAGCAAUGGAAAUUCCUCACAGAGUUCGUCGACAUAUGAAUCUAUAUAUGAACCAAUAAUUCCACGCCCAGCUAGUCAACUUUCAUCGCAUGCAAACUACUUAAAUUAUGUACCAUACGUCAACGGUCCACAGUUAAAUACGAGUGAAAGUGGAGGAAAUAUAUCAACAAUCGGAUCCAUCAGUACCAGCGGUUGCAACACACCAUCAUUCUCUAGUAUAGAAGCUAGUAGUGCUGAUGAUAAUUCAAAAAGCUCAUGCCAACAAAAGGAGAGUGAGGUCGAAGCAUUGACUGAUUUUUUAGUACAUUCCCUCGAUACAGGAAGUAGGGUAGAAAAUUUUGGUACGUGUUUUAAAUGCAAUGAGCGGGUUUUAGGAGAAAACUCAGGCUGUACAGCAAUGGAACAAAUAUAUCACAUUGCUUGCUUUACGUGUACACAGUGUAAAAUUAAUCUACAGGGUAAACCUUUUUACGCGUUGGAUGGAAAGCCGUUCUGUGAAUAUGAUUACUUGCAAACAUUAGAGAAAUGUUCCGUAUGCAUGAGACCUAUAUUGGAGCGCAUACUUCGUGCGACUGGCAAGCCGUAUCAUCCUCAAUGUUUUACCUGUGUUAUUUGUGGAAAGAGUCUUGAUGGUAUACCAUUCACAGUAGAUGCCACUAAUCAAAACUAUUGUAUAUCCGAUUUUCACAAAAAAUUUGCACCACGUUGCUGUGUUUGUAUGGAGCCAAUAAUGCCGGAAUCUGGUGAAGACGAAACUGUACGUGUUGUUGCAUUAGAUCGCAGUUUUCAUUUUGAGUGCUAUAAAUGCGAAGAUUGUGGGUUGCUGUUAUCGUCGGAAGCCGAAGGCCGUGGAUGUUACCCUUUAGACGGACAUGUACUCUGUAAAAGCUGUAAUGCAAAGCGCGUGCAAAUGCUAACAAACCGAAUGACAACUGAACUGUAAACAAUGUAUUGGAUGAAAUAUAGCGAAAUGUAAUAUGAAAAUCCAACAUUCCUAUACACACGUAAACUAAAAGCUCGUGGAAACGAAAAAUACAUAUGUGGCCCGCAACUCCAGCAGGGUAUAAAUGGGUUACUGAGUUAAGACAAUACAAUAUUACCUUGGCGUCCUUCCUUGUUAAAGUUUAACUGGAAUCACCGUGCUAGUUUAGUGACACUUAGUUAAUUUGUUAAAUUAUUUGGCGAAAAAAAGAAUGCAUAUCCGUAUGUAUGUAUGUAUCUGUGUGCGUAUGCACUUGAGCAUUAGGGUGGUUCACUCUUUGUCGUUUACUUUAGUCUAACCUGCUCUCUUGCUUUAAGCAACCACACCUACAUACAUGAACAAAUAAAUUUUAACAAAGAUAUAAAAUUAGAAACUUCCAUGCUUAAGAACGAUUAUGACAUACUUUUAUAGAAGAUCCGUUAAAGGGAAAGAAAAUAGAAAAUGGCAUCAAUCAGAAUCAUUUCCAAAUAAACACAACGAGAACAUCAAUCGACUAAAAUACAAUCCAGACUUCUCCAGGGAUGAUUGCAUUAUAUUAGCUCACAUGCGAGUUGGCGUAACAAAAUUUUCCUCCCAACAGAACUUUCAACAAUCACGACCAUGUGAGAAUGUGUGUUUCGGCGGGACUGCUAACACCGGGCGCCUAAAUGCAUGCUAUGUACCGCUGUAUGUUUAAAUUUUCCUUAAUGAAAUUUUUGCACAUGCACUUCUCA